CACAUACAGCGUAUAAACGAACGAAGACGGAAAUUAAGGUUCUAUGAACAACGAACGAUACAAACAAUUGAUAGUUCCGGGCAAGGUAACAGAUAUUCAUUGCUUUCUAUGAGCAAACCUCUGUAUCACAACGCCAGUAUUUUCAAAGAAAACACGGGGUUGUUUAAGUAUUACUUUGUAGGAAUCGUGUAAAGUAAUGGCUGGAUUGGAAUACACCUGUAACAAAGGCGGUAAAAUAUUGAUUGAUUAGAAAUGAGAAGUAAACGCAGGUGCUAAACAAGCUUCGCUGUGUCUCGCUUCAAUUCCUGGAGCAAUAUCACGUUUAUUUUCUGUGCGAUCGUCAUACUUUCAGGUUGUGCUCAACUUCGUUAACAAAAUGUACGGCUGAAACAGAUAAAAUAGGCCUAUCUCUUUGGAAAAGACUAAUAUGUCCUAAUUCUUAUGAUAGAAUUAUCAAAUAGGAUUGUUUCAUCGGACGAUUUUCAAAAUGUUAAUGUGUUCAUCAAUAAUAGGAAUAGUUUUCAUUACUGGACUAAUUUUUUCUACUCUACCUCUCUGUCAAACGUACAGUUUUAGAAUUGUGCCACUACGGCCUAGUGUCGUGGAAGGAGGAACUGUUAAUUUGGUUUGCGAAGUUUUAAACACCAAUGAGGAUGAAGAGUACAUUUUCAUAUGGGAAAAAGACGGUGAGAUUGUUGCUGGAGAACAUUCGGUUAUGGGCCCAACGCGUCAAACAAGACAUCGCAUGGUGGCUGACCUCCUCUCUGAGGAAAAACGUUUCAUGUUUCUGCUGAAAAUCGAACCUGUAAAUGUAGAGGACGCUGGUGAGUAUUCCUGCUCAGCAGAAGAGAGCAUGAAGGUACGGAAGACGUCCUUGCAACGCGCGGUACUAAUGGUAAACCAAGUUCCCGGCUCGCAGUAUCCUAAAUGCUUGUCUGAAAUUGAUGGUGGUUUCCCAGAAGGCGAAGAGGUUACAAUAACGUGCGUUUCAGAGCUUGUUACACCGCCUGUUACUCUCCAGUGGCAGCGCGAUGGACAGUCAAUCCCUACAAAAAUCGAAAAUAAUGUGAAAGAAGGUCUAAUUAAAGCGCAUUACACAUUUACACCAACGCCUGAUGAUAGUGGCAGUAAGUUUAUCUGUGACAUGAGGUCAUCUGCGAUCAAGCCAUCUAAACGUCGACAAUGUGAGAUCAAUUCUGUGGUUGUUUUGCACAAACCAAUAAUACGAAUUCGCUAUCCUGAAAUCGUGCACGUGGGUAAGGAAUCAAUAUUUAUAUGUGAGAGCUUUGCAAACCCCAUACUGACGACCUAUGAAUGGACUUUCUCGUUUAAAUUGUCAGAAAGGAUACUAAUUGAUGAUACUACACAUCAAAUACUGCGACUUCUGGAACCUUCACUAUCAGACGAUGGAGCCCAGAUUACGUGCAUGGCCACUAACUCUAUCGGCACGUCAUCCUCAACUGUGACAAUGCACGUACGCAAAGAAACAGCCACUGGCAACCAGCAUACAACAGAUGAGUUAAUAGAUGAUGGUAUCUAUGAUUAUAAUACUGGAGGGUAUUUUCUUGGUGUCCCCACGUCAAUUGCGAUCCUAGGUUUAUCUGGAGUCGUCAUUUUCUUACUAUUUGUAACUAUAACCCCCGUCUGUUAUUGCUGUCUGUGUGGAAGACGGGUGUCCUCAAAAGAAAGCAUAGCUCAACCAGAUGUUUACAUCGAACCGAAAGACUCACGGAUUCUUCCCCAAGUCCCGACGUCCGACGACUUGGCACCCUGGAUGAGAUCUGUCGCAUCACAAGUACCAGACGACUGGGACGUGGAGUAUUCAGAGAUUGGCGGAAAACCCCCUCCUUUAAAAAUCGCAAAAUGUUCUUGUGUGUGAAAAUUACUGAUCUUACUUUGCAAAAGAACUACAACGUAUUUUGGAUGCACGCGACCCCAGUCAAGUUAAAGUGUUCGCACAACUGUUGCUUUGGCGGAUCAACACAAGUGACGUCCCUUGAACUUACAAACAUCGUUUGCUUUCCAAAUAUAUAUUAGUCUUAAAAUGUUCUUGAGUACAGAUUUUAAUGAAGAUAGCAAGAGGCUACAAAUCUCUUCGGGAAUUUAAGGUCUAAUGUUGAGCAUACCAAAGGGCCUAUUCAAAUUUAUGAAAUUUCUGGUAUCACAUAAUUCGGUGUUUAUAUAAAUUGAUUAUUGCAGAAUGCUGUUAGUUGAGAUAUGAAGAACUGGUAUUGCAUUGGUGAACAUAUUGCAUAUCGUGCGUAAGUGCCAAUGAAUUUCAAGACAAAACAGUAAAUGUAGGUCUGUAUUCAUAUUCUUAAAUUAGAAUUAUGAAUAAUAUGUAAUGCAUCAUUCUUUAUUAUAGCUUCAGUACCGUACCGUAAGGAAUUGAGUUGCCAUGAUCUGAGCUUAAGGCCUAUAAUAAUAGAAAGUACGUACACAGUUACUAGCUUGAGGAGUUUAAAUCGCUGUGAUAAUUACCGUACGACUUCUCUGUGUUAUUAUUUCUACUUAAGCCGAUUUAACUACAAUGAGAGCACCGACUCAGUGCAGACGGCGUUUGUGAACGGGAAAGCAGGUAUCUGAGGCGGUUAAUUUUGGUUAGUGUUGAAAUUUUAGUACAGUACUAAUAGGUCCAUUAGCAUUUCGUUAACGACUUGUUAAAAAUUAUUUGAGGAAUUAUAUUGGCUCCCUAACCCAAGUGGCGGUGUCAGUGGAUAGGGAACCCUCCCCUCCCCCGUCGUUACUACUGUAAGCCCCCCGUCGGACAUGAAUAUUCAAACCAUCAAAAUCAGAAAAAAUGGUUUAAUUGUUCACAAAUUUUUGGAGAACACAAUCUAAAACGAACACAAUCUAAAAGGAACAGCUUAAAAUGACCAAAAAUUGCCCAGUUUCUUUAGGCAGCAGAGGGUUAAACCUCUGGACCACCACAUAAGGUCUAAUCCCCUGGCCCACGCCGGAAAUUAGUACUUUCUCCUCCCCCACCACAAAUAUUGUCGCCGCCACUGGUGUAACCACUCAGCUGCUUGGAAGUUGAUGGUAUGGAUUUCCUACAUCAAGGUCUUUAUUCAAUAUUAUUAAUAUAGAUAAUAUUUAUAAUAAUAAAAUAAUUAAACUUUCUGUACUCCAUGUUAAGAAUAUGGUUACUGAGACAAAAUCUGAUGGUAUGGAUUUCCACUUAAAAUUAAUAAUUCAAUAUUAUUAUUACAGAAAUAAUAUUUAUAGUAAUAAAAUAAUUAAACUUCCUGUACCCAUGUUUAGAAUAUGGUUAUUGAGACAAAAUCACUGGAUGAUUGUCCCGACGUUUCGGUGAGAUUGAGAACGAAAUCUGACCGUCAUCAGGAGAAUUUUCUGAUGACGUCAGACUCACACGCAUCAGAUUCACACACAUUGUGUACCGAAAGUUUAAUUAUUUUAUUAUUAUUUAUACUCGCCACCUCAAAUCUUCAAAAAUAAUGUUUGCAUACUUUAAAAUAGUUGCAACUUGAUAUUUUUGGGUAGACCUAUGUAUGAUUGCCAGGUGGUUUAGAAGGUCGAUUUUAUUUAAAAACGUCGAUGGGCUGCGUUUGUAAAUUCUAGAAGAUGUUGCAUCUCCGAUGACGGAUAAUGGGUUCUGAAUCAAAAAACGUAGAUAUUAGGCCUGGAGAAUUUUCUUUUUUUUUCCGUAAUUGUAGAACUACGGUAUACAACCCAUUAAAAAAAUCAUGGGGAAACGUUAAAACUCAGUUGAAGAACUGUCGGUGUCUCCUUAGUGUAUUGGAAACUAUACCGUAAUAGGCCUAGCACAGAUUCCAACAAAGGUAAUAGGCCUACGCACAAUAUUACUUAAGCGUUUCGUUAAGGUAAUUACUGAUUAACCAAACUAAAACAUUAUCAACAUAAGCCUAAUACAAAUCUAUUUUCAACUUUCGGGCUCACGUUCCAAUAUAAAGCAGUGCGGUGAUAUGAUGAUAAUCAGACAGACUUAAUGCUCUAUAAACUUACAAUCUGAAUCCUAAAGAGUGGAGUUGAAUUUUGCACAUUUUUAAAUACUGAUCGAUCUGUGACGUCAUCUUACUGUUCGACAAUACAUAAAUGAAACCUAUGAUUAUAUUCUCUAAUGUUAAUAUAAUAUAACGAAAUAGUGAUUUUUAUACAAAGGUGUAUUAUUAUUAUUAUAUACAUUAUUAAAUGUAAUGUAUACUCAGGCUAUCAUGCUACUACUACAUGUACUAAUAAUAAUAAUUAUUAUAAAAUGAAAAAAAAAAAAAACUACUUUCAAUCCAAUUCAAUUCAAUUUGAUUAACCUAUCUACUAGAGGUAAACUGUAUAUUCAUUUACUUAUGUAGGAGGCUUAUUUUAUGGAUUUUUCUUUUUGUAAGCCACGGUAGGCCUAAGUUCUAAUCAUGAUAAUACCGUUCCAUUGACACGAACAGCAUAAUUGUGAUAUUUUUAUAUUAUUUCCAUUAGCAUUCAAAUAUUUAAUGCAUUAUGUAAAAAUUAUUUGCAUUGCAUGUUUAAGUUGUUGGUCAUAUGCAAAAUAUAAAUACUGAUCAAAGAUUUUAAUAUUUUGAAGACACUAAUUCGCUCUACAAUAUUAUGCACUCGGAAAACAAGCGUUUUUGUGAUUUUAUUUCUCAAAGUAACUAUACAAUAUAUUUUCUUGCCAUUAAAAGACGAAUUAAAUGCAUGCAGUAAAUAAUACCGCGUCCCUAAUUCUUGCAGUGUGGUGGUAAAUAAACUGCUUUAAACUGUCUCAACUUAUUUUAUCCUUUUAAAUUAAUUUUUUUUUCAAGUUUUAGCAUAAAGGUUCCGAGAGUAAAUUAGUUUAGUAUAGUACUUUGUGUUUCAAAUCAAUAAUCGCAUGUGUUUUGAUAACAACAGGAGACGAAAAUUAAUCAAUUUCAUCCAGAUGUUUUUAUAAGUUUCUGUCGCCACUUCUCAUAUCACUGUUUUUCCAAGUAUAUCUCAUUAAAUAUAUUGCUUCAUAUGUUUGAAGACUCAA